AUGCCUUAUACUCCUAUAAACAAGUGCGGUUUACCGAAGAAUGUAGAUAUACGCUUGCAGCAUAGGUUCUCCGACAUUGGAACGAAUCUAUCACAUACAACUAAGUUCAAUAAAAUAGAGUCAUUGCGAUUACUUCAGAUGCAUUAUAUGUUGACAGAAGAAAAUGGAAAUAUGGAUAUUUUAAGGUUCGUGCAGUUUAUGGACGUUUUUUUAGGAGUGAAAAACGUAGAAGCAAUAGAAAAAAUACAUCUAAUUAGUUGCAAGACAAACAACAAAUACUUAACUGGGCCCGAAUUUGUCAGUGUCUUGUCGCUGUUGUUAAAAGGAACCGUCUCCGACUUGGUUAAGUUUUGGUUUGAACUUUAUACUGACAAUAUUAGAGAAAAUUACAAACCUGGCGUAUUGAAAAUGGUCAAAGCGAACAUCUCGGAGGACCGUCGAAAACCCAACAUCGAUUACGUUAUGUAUAUAAACAAAAAAAUAAUAUCCCCGGAAGACCACCGUAAAUAUGUGAACAAUAUUAUCACCGGGUUAGAGUUAUUGCGGUCAGUCCUUCCGGUGCCAACCAAAAAAGUGCUGUUUAUGCUAUUAUUUACGAAUAGAAAGUUUUACAAUAGUUUGCGCAAUGACAUCGAAAUUUGCAGAGGGUUUGAUUCAAAUAAAUUGAUCAGAAUGCAAACUAAAAUAUCUAAAGUGAUAACACUGCUAGCGCCUAGUAAGUCAUAG